CAUCAAUCGAGGAUGACUCUCUCUGUAUCCAGUCACGACAUCAUACCAACACCUCUGUCUAUACACCAUCAGUGCAUACGCUAGACCUGCUGCAUCCUCAGCCAUAACUGCGCUGCGUUCCACACCGUCUUACCGGUCACUCUACCCCGACCAACCUCGAAACAUGCACAUCCGUCCGCCUGCUUGUCAAUAACCCCGAGACCAAUGCGAACCCUCACGCUCCUUUCAUAGACCUUGCGCUGCGCUGGAGAUGCCUCCAGGUGCCCUCGAAUCUCCUCUCUCCCACGUCUCCAAUAGCGCCAACGCUUCUCCCGUGGAUGGUCCUUCCCGAAAGUCCAACGAAAAAACAAUUGGCGGUGUCUUCACAUACACAAACGCGACAGACGGGGACACUGGUUACCCAGAUCACAGGCUGGAUCAGCUCAAGAGCUUCAGGAACAACAGCCAUAACUCACUUUCCAAUGGAGUUCCAAAUGGCAACGUCAAGGCGCCUAGGGACAGAUCACAAUCCAAGGCUAGCAGUACACACUCAAUAGGGAGCGCGGCAGGGAGAAACGCAGAAAUUACGUCGAAGAGCCCGGCUUCUGCAGACGAAUUGAGCAGACUCUCCAGCGUAGAAAUAACAUCCGAUGAGCGAAUUAAUGGCGCACUGGUGCAGACAGGCGGACAAACGCCCGAGCUGGGCAAGUUGAAAACAAACCUUCCUCCUGCUAAGCCAGACUACGAUCCAUAUCACAUGGUUACAGCCUCGACGGUACCCGAUACUGCGCGAUCCGAUGGCCAGUCAUUAUCUCUUCUACCACCACGGGGUGCUGGGCCGACACUUGCUCGCUUCUCUUCCCCGCCUGCCAUGUCUCCAGGCGCAUCAGUGCAAGACCGUUAUCCUGACCUAAUGCCAGCUUCCGAAGCACCAAAGCUCACGCAUCGUCACACUCUCCAAGUUCCGAAGUCCAAUCUCGUAGUUGGCCGCAAUUCGCGAGACUUCUCUUUCGCCGCGGGCCCCUCCGAAGAAGCCUUGUCCACCACUGGCCGCUUCUCACCGACCCGAGAUCAAUACGAUUCUGCGGUCACAAGGCAUAGGAGAGCAUCACUGGGCCUCGUUCGUAGAACGACCCGGUCAAUGCAGUCUGAUGCUCACUUGGAUGAAGUGCCCCCUGAUGACGACGCGGCACGUUGGACAGAAUUGAUCAGGCAGAAACGGGCGAGCAAGCGGAAAAAGAGAGAGGAGGAAGAUGACGAUCGUGUUGUCGUGGGGAAGAAGGUGGAGGAAGGCCACGUCAACUGGGUCACGGCUUACAAUAUGCUCACUGGAAUCCGAUUUACUGUGUCGAGAACUAAUGCGAAGAUGGAUCGCGAGCUGACCGAUGCCGAUUUCGACGCAAAGCACAAAUUCAGCUUCGAUAUCACCGGAAACGAAUUGACCCCCAGUGCAAAGUACGAUUUCAAGUUCAAGGAUUACGCGCCCUGGGUCUUUCGCCAUCUCCGAGCCAUUUUUGGCCUUGACCCCGCCGACUACCUCGUCAGUUUGACCAGCAAGUAUAUUCUGUCCGAACUGGGCAGCCCCGGGAAGUCGGGAUCUUUCUUCUACUUCUCCCGCGACUAUAAAUACAUCAUCAAGACGAUCCAUCACGCCGAACAUAAACUGUUAAGGAGGAUACUUCGGGAUUACUAUCGACAUGUGGUGGAGAAUCCGAACACGUUGAUCAGCCAAUUCUAUGGUCUGCACAGAGUGAAGAUUCCUUAUGGUCGCAAAAUUCAUUUCGUUGUGAUGAACAAUCUGUUUCCACCUCACCGGGACAUCCAUCAGACGUUCGACCUGAAAGGCUCAACCGUCGGCAGGGACUUGAGUGAAGAGGAAUUGGCCAACAACCCCCGAGCGACCUUGAAAGACUUGAAUUGGCUCAGACGAGACAUGCAUCUUGAGUUUGAUGCCCAUAUACGGCAGAUUUUCCUUGAGCAGCUGAGGAGAGACGUUGCUCUUCUGCAAAGACUUCAGAUCAUGGACUACUCACUCCUUGUGGGCAUCCACGAUCUUGCUAAAGGGAAUGAGGAGAACUUGCGUGAAAACACACUACAGGUAUUUCAGCCUGGUGGGGAGGAAGACGAACAUACUUCGGCCAAGUUGAUUAGGACGCCGUCGCGACUUGAAAAUGCACGCAAGGCGCGAGAAUUGAGAUUGACACUCAAGAGUCAGAAACCUGUGCCUAUGGGCAUGGUCCAGACAAAGAUGCCGUCAGAGAUGGCUUCGGGAGAUGAGAGACAUGAUCGAAUCUUCUACAGCUAUGAUGGCGGUAUCCGAGCUACACACGAAGAUGGCCAUGGGGGUGAAUCGAUUUAUUACCUCGGUGUCAUUGACUGCUUGACCCAUUACGGCAUUGUCAAACGCAUUGAACAUUUUUGGAAAGGCCUUUCAGCGAAUAGGACGCAGAUCUCGCCAAUCCCACCUCAAGCGUAUGGGGAACGAUUCAUCAACUUCAUCACCGGGACUACCAUGACUCGAGAGGAGGCUGAGCGGCGGAAAACCGAGGAGAGCCGUCGGUCUGGGGUGCAGGCUCCUGGGCUGUCCAUGGAAAGUCAACGGCCACUACCCGAAGAUGGGCAAGGGACGAUAAGAGAUUCUUCCAUGCAGUCGCCACCAAUGAGCCCAGCAGUGGAAAAGACAAUGCGUAAAGCGCAGAAGCAAACGGAUAAAUCCACCUCGUCGGAGAAAGGUCGAAGAGGAAGUGAAGAGGAAAAGCCUGAUCGAAUAUUGCGAACCACAGAAGAGCCUCGAGGUACCUUCUUACCGGUGGUUUCUGAAGCCGGUGAGAAUGGAGAACAAAGCGAGAAACGUGCUUUGAGUCCUCCGGACGAGGGCCCCGAGUAUGAGCAUCACCUCUCCGCCUCGCCCGCUCCCAUGGACCGCUCUGUCCCUGGGCUACGCAAAGUCUCACCAUCGACGGUAGACACUGCAACAGACAUGGCAGAUGACACCAGUGUAUCAAGUGCACAGGGAGUUGACUUUGCGCCUGUACUUCAGGCCGAGACAGCAAAACAAGACGGAAGCGUCAAUGCAUACCAGAAACCUCCUCGCAUUGCCAGCGAUCUGAUACAACCUCAGUCCCCUUUCAGUGAGAGUCUUAUGAAGUCCAUGCAUGAGCAUCUCGGCCCCGAUCCUUGAAUGUGCAUCAGCGUGAAGGGCUGUGUAUCAGCGCCACCACCCAGGCUUUGUCAGACAUCUUUGGCUCAACAGAAGCAUCUCGAUAUGACGUCCCACAGCGCUCUCGGUGACCCUGGUUCGGGUCAGGUCAAAGGAAUUGUGCCAUGUAUUAUUUAUUUUUAUGGGGGCUAUGAAGGCGAAGGACACUCUUCGUCCAGGUGGAUAGGACGUUUUCCUUCAAUGUUGAGUGAACAUGUUGCCCGCAUCCUCAGGCGGGCUUUUCUUUCUCAUGUGGAAAUGUCAGGUUCAGACAUGCCGGUCCAAGGAACGAAGUCACCAGCCCGACUGGCCAACAAGCAGGACUAUAUUCUGGGAUAGAACCAGUACAGGAAGAGAAGGUAGUACGAAUGUCCUUCUACAAGUAAUACGGAUCUUAAACAUUGGGGAAUCGUUUGGCAGUAGUGCAGGAAGAGACACCUUGCUUCCUUCCCACAUCAGAACAAGUCCUUG